CUAUGGCCACACACGUUACCCCACGAGCAUUACAUAGGUGGACAUCUAAUCUGUAGAGUUACGGUCACCUCGUUCAUGAACUACUCUCCUAGAUAAUUCAUCUACACCUAAUUAGUCAUAAGGCGCUGAAAUCAGUCUAACCCUAAAACUCCCACCUAGUUCUAAGACUUAGUUGUAGGCUAGUAGAGAAGAGUUGGAGAGAAAAGCCCCAACAUUACUAAGCAUAGAUGAAGCAUAAAAACUCUAGGUAAACUCAAUUAACCAAAAACCCAUGAUGUUACUACCCUAUUAUCUAAGUUUCAACCAAGCACAUGGGAUAUAGAUAAUCCCACACUAAGUGGUGUCUAUGCAAACCUUGACCUAAAGGAAGUUAUCACCUAGGUUAAGUACAAUCAAUCACAAUCAAGCAAGAGAUUUAUGCACAAACAUCAAAUUCACAUGAAUUAUAAUUUCAUAAUCAUUCAUACACGUGACCCAUAAACAAUGUACAAAAUAGGCUUUAUCUUUCCUACAUAACCUUAGAGAUUCAAGUCAUAGAGAGAGGGAGAAAACAAAAACUAAGAAGAGAGGAGAGGAUGAAAACUAUCUUCUUAUCUAUGCUUGUACCUCCUCCUUGCUCAUUGGUUUGAUUGGAUCUUCAAUUAAGCUCUCCCAAAGUGUUUCUCUCCCUCAAGACAGUCCAAAACCCUAAUUUUCUCUCUCAAAGUCGGCUCCCCUUGACAAGUGUAGAUGCUCUUGUAUUUAUAGGCCCUGGAACAUCUCGGGAAAUUUCACGUCCAAUGGCUGAAAGAUUAAAGCCGUGAUCUGGCCAUGAUGGCCCAUGAUCUUAAGCUUCAUCGAACAGUCUUGACAAAUCGGGAGAUCGCACCCAGGGUUCGCGGCCGCGAGCGUGGUCUCGUGGUCGUGAUCUUUAUCACAGCUUCUUUCACUGUGGCCUACGAUCCGCCUAGCAAAACUUUAUGUCUGUUCUUUAGUGCUUCCUUUUCAAGUUCGCGCCCAUGGGUCCUAGGAUCGCGGCCGCGAUCUUCUAGCUUUGGCCCGCGAUCUCUUGGCUUGACUUCACGUGCAACUUUCUCGACCAAGAUCCUGCUCCUUAGGCUGUAAUCUUUGUGUUUGCUCCUUUUCACCAAUUUUUCUACACAUUAGCCCCAUCUUCUCCCUUUUUUAUUGUAACAUCAAAUGCAACCUAAACGGAAUGAUGUAACAAAUGAAACAAUCUAGGCUACAAAUGAUGGUUUACAAAUCAAUCUGUACUCAAAAUGACAAUAAAACACCUAAUAAAUGAAUGCUUAAUAACACCUUUUUGGGUGUUAUCACACACUUUGGCACUCCUUUUACUUUCAAAGUUUGAUGUGUUUGCACCAUCCUUUGAGCUAGUUUACGCGGGAUUUGUUCAUAUUUUGUCAUGUUUCAGACCUAAGAUAUUAAUCUUGGUAUCAAGAUCGAAAGUCGGACGAAAGAGGUCAAAAAUGGAGCAAAAUAGCUGAAAGUACAGAGAUCACGGUUGCGGAGCAUCUAUCACAAAGACACAAACACAGACCGUGAUGUCAGCACUUCAACCGUGAAGAUCGCACGAUCUAGGAGGAUUUAUAUGGCUCGCGAUCAGUGUCAAAAUCACGGUCUCCAAACCGUGAUGUCAAUAAGCGGCUCGUGAAGUUUGUUAGUGAAACAACGCAUUUUGUGCCAAGAUCACAGUUUCAUUGUUGACUUCAUGGGCAUGAAGUGAAACCGUGAUUUGAGCACUCAUGAUCUAUAUAGAGUUGGUUGGUUUGAAAGGGAGAGUCUUAGAGAGAGAUUGGAGCUUCUUCUUCCAUGUUUAGAGAGAGCUGCGAGCUAAAGAAGAAGGAAGGAGAAUUUCACCUACUCAAGACUAGAGGAAGGUUGAUUUCCUCUCCAAAGGUUGAAUAAAACAUCUAAGAAGAAGGAAGAUCAUAUUGCUAUGGGUUUUUUCCUCUCUUAUUUGUAUUUUCUCCUUUAGCUAUCGGAGUAGUCUCCAAUUGCACUUGGAUGUUGUGAACCCUAGUCUAGGAUGUGUUAAAUUGUAGGAAUUGAAUUCUAUGUGUGUUGGGUUUGUGAUUAAUAUAAUUGAUUGAGGUAUUAGUGACAUGAUUUCAUUUAUUGGUUGCUUUUUGUCAUUCCGGAUUAACUUCCGAGGGAGUGGUGUUGCAAUCCUUUGUCGAUCGAUUAAGAGGAUUAAGGUUUCCUUGCUAAUUGUGACAAUCCAUAAUCGAUCGAUUGAGAGGUUUAGAGUUUCCCAAGGUAAUUUUGACCUCCUCGUGGUAUAUGAUCCUACUUAUUACACUAGAGUUUCAUUCGUUGUGCCUUGACACAAUACUAGAGGGAGCGAUAUCUAAGUGAUUCUUCCUUAAUCGAACUCAUUAAAGUUUACUUGCUUGCUUUUUUAAUUUGUUUAGUCUUCUAGUUUUAACCACAAUAUGAUUGCUAGAUAACAUGUGAACAAUUAAAGUAAGGGUGAUAGACCGCCUGGGUUGGUAUUGGAAUAUUUGUCCUAUUCUACACCUAUCUAUGGGUUGCACUUGACCUAUAGUUUGGAUUGAGUGUAGUGGUAGCCGAGCCAGUUAUAUACUUACUGUCUAUGUUUAUCGUUGUUUUGAGAAGAGUCAUAAUAUAUUGCACUAUUAAUUUACCGAAGUGAAUUAGUCUAAGAAAGGUGGUUGAAAUAGUUUCGGAGGUUCUACCACCAAUUUCAACUUACCAGAAAUAUAUUUAUUGUGCGUGAUUUAUUGGUGAAAUAUAUUUACUUUCUAUUCUCAGAAGCUAUGCACAACAUCACAUUGUACAAUCUCAAUAGCUUUGCUUACCAAAUAUUUUACUAAUGUUAAUGGAAAGAACAAAAAUUGUUGUUGAUAUCGCUGGUUGAUCCAAUUCCAAAGCCUGACUGAUUAAGAAGUCUUUGUCUUCCUUCUUUCUCCAUAUCCCACAAGAGGUUGCUUUGGUUACUCCACGUCAACAUUAAACCUACCAAGGACCAUCACUACUGCCACCGUCGCGGCCACUGCCCCAAACAACUGCUAAUCUCUUAUUGGCACUAAUUAGGGUGUUGAUUGAUUAAAUCUUAAUUUUGGGA